AUGACAACCUAUAACAAUACAUACACAGUCAGACGAGAAAAAACUCCAGCUGGAGACAUUUUCGGAGAACCAGCAUCCUGCUUAGUUCAUAUGUGUGGUGAGGUUCAUAUUCUAGGCUUCAGGAGGAUGACUUGUGAACCACUAGGACCUGUUGAUACUGGCACUGUUGAUUCUGAAGUUAAUGUGACUACGUCAAAUGCAUCCGACACCUUUGGUAAUGUGACAACACUUGAUGAGGCUGGCGAAAGUAAUUCCACUAGUCCCAUGAACAAUACUGAUUUAGAAACCAACACAACGACCAACGUUACGUCGGAUGAUGUCAGUAGCGGUAAUUCUACAGCAGACAAUGUGACAUCCGAUUCCUUAAUAGAUGGAAAUGCAACGUCAUCAUAUAACGCUACUAUAAAUAAAUCAGAUGACAACUCAACAUUUUCAGACAGUGCUACAACCCUGGAUGAUAAUGCGACGCUUUCAAAUAGCAAUGCAUCCGUCGAUGAUGACAACACCACUGUGUCUGAUAGUAAUACAACUACACUGGAUGACAAUACGAAUAUGUCAAAUAUUAAUGCCACGGGUUCUGAAAGCAAUAAGAUGGCAGAAAAUAUUACCAUGUCAAGCAAUAUGACUAAAUCAGACGAAAUAACACCACCAAACAAUUAUACUUCGUCAGAUGAUAUGACAAAUGUGGCUCGGGAUGACUUGUUUUCCGUGAAUGUGACGACAAGUAAUGAAACAGACAUCGUAAUUGGAGGAAGCUUGAACUCAUCCUAUUUGGGUAAUACAAAUAUCGAUAUCAAACCCGAUUCUGGGUCCGCUACUACUACCGAUGCUGUCAUUACUACUCCAGACAUGUCAGAUUCUGGCAGUAUGGUAGAUAACACAGGGCUAGGCCAAUCUCCCUUCGAUAUCCCCCCGAGCGGAGGUGUUGACCCUUUCGAUGAUCCUUUUGGUAAUCCAUUUGGUGAUGGUGCUGAUGGUGGUGAUCCUUUUGGUGAGGAUAUCUUUGGUCCAGACAAUACUCAGUUUGAUUUAUGUACUGAACCUCCAUGUGAGCCUCCGGUAGAAAUCGUCACUACUCAAAGGCCUGUCACUCAACCACCUCCUCCACCGCCACCUCCCCCGCCCGCUGCAGCAUCAAAAGCAUUUGAUAGUUUGUUCAAAGACCAAGAAAAGUUUGAACUGAAGAGGCUUCCACAAUUUUCACUACCAGCUGCAAAAUCAGAGGUUCAAGCCAAAAACAGGCAAGAUGUUUUCGCGGAAAAAAGGGAAAUGAAAAUUGCGAGAUUAAAGAAUAUGUUUAAAUUAUUUAAUGCUGGAAUUCCCGCUUUCGGUGGUGUCAAUUUUUUUAACCCAACAAAGGAAUUUUCCUCACUUGCCCACAAUACAGGAAAUGUCCUAAAUUCUCAAGAAAGUAGUUCAAAGCAAAGAGACAAUAUUGAUCAAAUUUCAACUAAUGAUAAUAUGUUUAGUUCAAAUCGAGUAACUGAACCUAUUGUUAAUACUAACACGAACUUCGGUAAUUCUAAUACGAAAACAGCUUCUGAAAAUUUUAUCCAAAAACCUGCCGUUCCUAAAAACGUAUUCACCGCACCCUCUUUACCGAAUACCGCCGCUGGUGUACCUACACAGAUAGAUAGUAAAAGUGAAGUUGUAUCAAAUGGGGUUGCUCCUCCUCCUCCCCCUCCCCCUCAGCUUGAUAAAUCUAUAAGUAAGGAUGCCACAUUCGCUAAGUUCUUUGGGCAAGGAGAGCCAAGUGAGCCACAGAGAACAAUUAUUGAAUCUACCAAACCGGCCGUAAAGACUAGCCAACCCUCUAAUGUAAAUAGUAGAACUGUCAAUUCUGGAAACCAGCCAUUCGCAUGGCCAUAUCAGGUAUCAGGUUCGUCACGCGUAGCCACACAGACUUCCGCCGCUCAGAGGGUUUCUAGUAGUCUGGUGAAUGAUGCUGCUCCGAUAUCAGGUUGGCUAGAUACGACACCUUUCUUGAGUGAUACCGCUGGCGGCAGGGUAAUUGACACUGCAAUUAUGUCCCCUGGCCCCAUUUCAACAAAUACAUUAGAUAAGCAACUCGGCCUCGCGGCAUCACGAAUAGGAAUUCCCUUUGUUGGACUAGGAGAUAUAGCGGAAACUGUUAACAGCAAAAGAUCGUUUACGAACAUAGUUGACAAGGCUUCACCUGGAAGAGUUGCAGUUCCAAAAAGCAGUAACAACAGUCCCCCAGUAGCACCUGGUGUACCGAUGAACCCUGACAGUUUAUUUCAAAGCCCUCCGAUGAAUGUUAAUACAAAUCCCUUUUCUGCUAGACGUCCUGGUGUCCCAAUUUGGGAUCAGUCUGACCCUGCACUUGUCGAGUUCGGUACUCCAGGUCGUUCGUCUUCAUCAUCAAGCAAUCAGCAAAUAGUUGAGACGUGGAAGAACGCACAACUUCCAACUUCUGGUUCAAGUAUUCCUCGAAAAACUGGAUCGGCAAGUCAACAAAAUAAACCACCAAGUAGAGAUCCGCCUUUCAUAUUUUCUCCUAAGCCAUCAUCAAACUUAGGGAGAAACUUUUUUGAUAACACACGCCAAUUGCCUGAUGUUAGACAAACACAACCUUCUCCAUCAAAACCACAAGCGCCAGUGUUUCAACCAUCACAGUUUGUACAACCUCCUCCACCGAAAAACCUACCAUUUUCAAAUCUUGAUAUGGCGGACUCUGGAGGGAUACCACCCCCUCCCCCACCUCCAGGAAGAAUUGGUUUCGACGCAUCUGAAAUAUUUGCUAAGAUUACAAGUGGAUCAUUUGGAAGAUCUGGGACAGGUGAAAGUGUAAUCACAACAAAACGGUCACCUAGAUUUGUCCAAAAUAAAAUCUCUACACUAAAUAGGGAUGCUACUUGGGACAACACAUUCUUCAAUCAACCAUCCAUAGAUAAAAAGUCGUCUGUUGGUUACAGGACUUUGGAUCUGCUUCCAAAUUCAGGGAGUUUUCCGUCUGAAACAGGAAUUGCUAUAAAGCCUUUCCAAAACACCAAUAUUCAAUCGAAUCAUGCAAACCCGUCAAAUACUGGUUCCCUACCAGAUGUUUCUAUUAUGCCAUUUGUAUUAAGUACCACAACGCCAGAUGGACUAUCAGCAACAAUGUUUCCUGAAACAACAAGUGCAUUACCGCCUUCCAUGGAUUCUCAAAUAGACAGUAUUCUUCGUAGUACUACUCCUUCAGAGGUUAGUACUUCCGUUGAUAUGUUGAACGUCCUAAUGGCAGAAACUACUACUGCUUCCGUUGCUAGAGCGAGUGAACCUGUAACAACUGCUGCGGAAGUUGUCGUUCCCUCCUCAACUUUAAAUUUUGAACUUCAGGGAUCUGAGUCAACUACCAGCAGCAUAGAAACAUCUGAUGCAAAUAUAAACUCAGUCGUCGAAAAUCAGACACCAGCAACAAAACUAGACCAAGAGACUAAUCCGGUAGUGACUAGCGAGGUAUUUCAAGCUGGCGGUCAGGCGCAACUGCAGGAGUUUUCUAACGCAGCAGAAAUUUGCCGAAACUGUAACUUCAUCAACGGCUACUGUCGACUUGAGUUACCUGGCAACUGCAACAGGUUUAUUGAGUGCUCAAAGCAUGAUAAGGAGGUGCGAGCUUUUGAGAAAGAAUGUUCUCAUGGACUCUUCUGGCAUCAAGGCAACCUGACUUGCGAGCGUCCUCUUCGUGUCAAAUGUGAAUUUGAUCCCUGUUUAAAUCGUGGUGUAUCGAAUCAUACGUAUAUAGGAAAAUGUCGGGCCUACUGGAGCUGUAAGAGAAGCUAUUCGAGUGCCCGUUGCUGUGCCAAAGGGUACGGUUACGGGCUUCAGGACGGCACUUAUGGCUGUAUACCAAUGCCGGAUUGCCAGGACGAUGGACACUGUAUGUCCAAGGAAGAGAGAGCUAAUUUAACGCUUAUCAACGCAAAAAAACCUAAAGAAUGUAACUUGCUGGCCAAUCCAUCCGACCUCUUUAGCUACAAGCGAGGGUCUCUGACUCUCCCAUGUGCUCCAGGAACACGUUUUGAUCAGGAACAAUGCACGUGCAUUACAAGUCAAGCUGCGCCGAUUUCCAGAGUCUGCGAGAAAGAUAUGUUCCUUGACUUCGAAGGAGACAUGGGAUCAGCUUUUAGAGACAAAUCUGGUCGCGGCAACACAGUCCAUGAAAACAAUGUCUGGACAGACAAUCAAGGCAUCGCUAAAUUCAACAAGGGCAGCACAAUCACGUUAUGGAAAUACUCUAAUCAGAACAUCGGAUCAUCUAUUGCAAUCACUCUCCGUUUUCUGUCAUAUCGCUACACUUCCCGGAUGCAGACUUUGUUGUCUAAUUGUGAUCAGAAAUCCGGAAUAGCUGCUAUAGAUAUCACAUUAGACACAUGGAAAAGUGUAGUCGAUUUCAAAAUUGAAACUACUCAAAGCCCAGGAAAUAAGAUUACUUUACCAUAUAAGGCUCUACAAUGGAACAAUGUUACUUUGAUAUAUGACGGAGGAAGUUUCGUAGCAGCAGUCGACGAUGCAUAUGAACUUAUGUUCAUUCAAGGUGAGAUACCCAGCAAGCAUCCACCCCUUGUGAUAGGAGGAUGUUCUGCGAAGACAAGGGAAGGCUUGUUCGGACUUGUUGAUGAUGUAUCAAUCUACAACGGCUGUAUACCAGAAGAUCUUAAAAACCGUUACCUAUUCGCUAGAAGAUAA